UCCAGACCUGCCUGUGCAGGUUGACUCCCCAAGCCAGAGAGCGAGAGAUCAUGGAGGGGGAGGAAGGUGUGACAGGGGGCCCUCCCGAGCCGGGAAACCCCCUCCUCCAGGCCGUGUUCCUCUGCCGCCUGCGCCUUACACGUCUCCUUUUGGAGGGUGGAGCCUACAUCAACGAGAGCGACGGGCGUGGCCAGACGGCCCUGAUGGUGGCCUGUAAGACGCGGCACGCCGACCGGCAGAGCGCCAGCCGCACCCGCAUGGUCCAGUACCUGCUGGAGAGCGGAGCCGACCCCAACAUCCAGGACAAGGCGGGCCGCUCAGCCCUGAUGCAUGCCUGCCUGGAGAAGGCUGGGGCCGGGGUGGUGUCCUUGCUCCUGGCCAGUGGAGCGGACCCGGGCCUGGAGGACCAUUCUGGGAGCUCAGCGCUGGUCCACUCGGUCACGGCCGGCGACAAGGAGGCUCUGAAGGUGCUGCUGGACACCUGCAAGGCCCGAGGGAAGGAAGUGAUCAUCAUUACCACCAACACACUCCCCUGUGGGACGUCCAGGACCAAACAGUACCUCAACGUGCCCCCUCUCACCCCCCUCGACCAGGGGGGAGGGCUGCACCUGACGGCUGCUCCUCCUUGCGCCUCACCCUCUGAGAUCCAGCUCCUCACCUCCCCUCAGUGCACCUCCUCUCAUCCUCCUCACCAAGUCUUUAACUUUAAGGAAGACCAGUGUUCUGGGUGUGAGACAGUCAGCUCCCAGCCUGACCCCCGGUCACAUGCUCCCAUUCUGGAGCAGAGCAGGGUGGAAAGGCUGAUGCAGCCCCUCCAGAGGCUGAACUCAGAGCCCUGGCUGAGGAUUCCUGCCUCUCUACUGGCCCUGCAACCUGUCGCUGCUCCCUCGUCCUCAGAUGACCUCCCAGACAUCAGCCCAGAGGAGGAACUCUCCCUCAUGACCAGCAGGUUGGGCUGGAACAACUACGACAACAGCGCCCCUAUCUGGUACAACUGCAGUACUGACCUGGAUAACAACACUUCUAAUGUUAUUAGCUUUAGCAAGUCUGAGGGGAGGUUGAAUGAGGAAGAGGUAGGGGAAAGGGAUCAGAGGGAGGAGGAAGAGGGGCUGUUGGUGCGUAAGUUGUCCUUUGCCGGCCUCUCUUCGCCACACUCUGCCUCCAACCCAAACCUCCACUCAUACAGCAUCGGCACAGGCCAAGGUCCCCCAAACCCAUCUUUCUCCACUGGUACCAGACUCCGCGGCUGCCCCCUCCCCCUUCCUAUGUCCAGCCUGCGCAGCAUCAUCCAGAGACGCCACCUGGGUGCCGACCACUACAACUCUGACCCCCAGCUGGCUGUGCCUACCGGGGGCUUCCCUGAGGAGGGCCGAACCCCGCUGGAUAGCAGGAGACAGGCCACUUCCCGCUCCUCCACCCUUCUGACCUCCAGGGAAUCACUGGUGGCCCCAAACCUGACCAAGAGAGCCCUCUCUGGGCUGGAGCGUCAGGGCUCAGGGGCCCUCCUCCUGGGCCACAUCUCCCAGACCCGCCCAGGGUGCCUGCCGCCCCUGAACUCUCACCACCACACCCCCAUCCCUCACAUCGUUGGAGUCGCCAACCCCAGCCCCUGUGUCCUGGGCAGCAGUCCCAGCAGUAGGGCUGUCUGCCGGGAGGUAGCAGGCCUGAGGCCCCUCCUCCCCUCAGCUCCCUCCGGCCUCCCCAGAGACCUGAGGACCAGGAGGAUGCUGCUGAGGAGACACUCCAUACAGACAGAGCAGAUCAAGUAGCUGGGAGACUUUGAUGGGAUGUUUGGCCACUGAGAUCCAGCAGUGUUUGAUAAACCAGUUUCUCGAUAUUGAUCCUGGGGAAACAGGAGUGGAGCCGAUAUCUGCUAACUUAAAGGCAUUGAAAAACACCUACAGAGCAUUCGGAAAAUAUUCAGAUCCUUUUAUAUUUUUCACAUUUUGUUACGUUACAGCCUUAUUCUAAAAUUAUUAAAUUACAUUUGUCUCCCAUCAAUCUACACACAAUACCCCACACUGACAAAGCAAAAACAGGUUUUCAGAAAUGUUUGCACAUUUAUUAAAAAUUAAAAACAGAAAUACUUUCUCUUGUUGACAGUGGAUGUCAGAGCAAAAACCAAGGUCACCAAGUACCCGAUGGUCACUCUGACAGAGCUCCAGAGUUCCUCUCUGGAGAUGGUAGAACCUUCCAGAAGGACAACUAUCUCUGCAGCACUCCACCAAUCAGGCCUUUAUGGUCGACUGGCCAAACGAAGCCACUCCUCAGCAAAAUGCACACCACAGCCCGCUUGGAGUUUGCCAAAAGGCACCUAAAGUACUCUCAGACCAUGAGAAACAAGAGUCUCUGGUCUGAUGAAACCAAGAUUAAACUCUUUGGCCUGAAUGCCAAGCGUCACGUCUGGAGGAAACCAGGCACCAUUCAUCACCUGGCCAAUACCAUUCCUACGGUGAAGCAUGGUGGUGGCAGCAUCAUGCUGUGGGGUUGUUUUUCAGUGGCAGGGACUGGGAGACUAGUUAGGAUCGAGGGAAAGAUAAACGGAGUGAAGUACAGGGAGAGAACCUACUCCAGAGCACUCGGACUGAGGCGAUGGUUCACCUUCCAACAGGACAAUGACCCUAAGCACACAGCCAAGACAACGCAGGAGUCUAUGAAUAUCCUUCAUUGGCCCAGCCAGAGCACAAACUCUCUCCAAUCGAACAUCUCUGGAGACCUGAAAAUACCUGUGCAGCGAUGCUCCCCAUCCUACCUGACAGAGCUUGAUAGGAUCUGCAGAGAAUGGGAGAAACUCCCCAAAUACAGCUGUGCUAAGCUUGUAGCGUCAUACCCAAGAAGACUUGAGGCUGUAAUUGCUGACAAAGGUGCUUCAGCAAAGUACUGAGUAAAGGGUCUAAAUACUUACUUAAGUGAGAUAUUUCAGAUUUUUUGCUUUGUUAUUAUGGGGUAUUGUAUGUAGAUUGAUGACGGGGGGGGGACAAUUAUAUCCAUUUCAGAAUAAGACUAUAACAUAACAAAAUGUGGAAAAAGUCAAGGGGUCUGAAUAUUUUAUGAAUGCACUGUAUAUUCAAAAAUAAAACUUGACGCAUGACACAUGACACAUCCUAAAGAGUGAGAACAUUUCAAAUACCUACCUUGUCACCAUUCUACUGAGUCUUGUUAAUGGGAGUAGCUGAUUAAUAUGAGGACCUGUUUGUAGUGGGUCCCAGGACUGAUUUGAGGAAUCCUGUGCUAAACCAACCUGCCAGGGAGAGACUGUAGCAAUGUCCAGCCUUGUGCGUAGAUUCCAGUGGACUGUCACCAUGGUUCUAUAAGUACCAUUAUGUUUACAUGUAAUGUAUGUUGCAAAUGAUGAAUUAAAGACCGUUUUAAAAACAAA